AAUUUGCCUGGUUCCAUAGUAUUUCAGACCGGCGAAAGAAAAAGAAAUAAAAGAUCACGAUGCCGAUCGAAAAUCUAGAGGAAGAAGGCCUUCCUAAGAAUCCUAAUCUAGAGUUAGCUCAACUGAGGUUUGUUCUAGUUAAUCCAGAUGGUGUCGACAAGGAGAAAGCGAAGAAAAUGUUGCUAGAUGUAGUAAAAGCGAAAGACAUGGCUCCAUUCUAUGAAGAACUGUGUGCAGAAUUCAAGUGGCCCGUAGACAAACCUCUCCUAGAGAAAAUGAAGCAGAAAAACACUGAAAAACUAGAAGAGCUUGACAAGACUCUCAAAGAUGCUGAGGAAAAUUUAGGGGAAACUGAGAUUAGAGAUGCUUUGUUUGCUCGUGGGGAAUAUCUAUGCAGUAUUGGAGACAAGGAAGGGGCCAUUACAGCAUUCAGAAAAUCCUAUGACAAGGCUGUCGCCCUGGGGUACAAGCUGGAUAUAUUGUUUUAUAGAAUUCGCAUUGGACUGUUCUACUUGGAUAAUGACAUGAUCACAAAGAAUAUAUCCAAGGCAAAGGAAUUAAUAGAGGAAGGUGGUGACUGGGACCGGCGUAAUCGUCUCAAGGUGUACCAGGGCAUUUACUUCAUGUCUAUACGUGACUUCAAGGCAGCUGCAUCCAACUUUCUGGAAAGCAUAUCUACAUUCACAUCAUACGAGUUGAUGGAUUACCAGACUUUUGUCACCAAUACCAUCUUGACUAGUAUGAUCUCCCUGGAGCGAGUUGACUUGAGGAAGAAAGUCAUUAAUGGGGCAGAGAUCCUUGAGGUUCUACAUCAACUGCCUGUUAUUAAGCAGUUCCUGGUGUCUUUGUAUGAGUGCCACUACAGUGAAUUCUUCACUGCAUUGGCUCAAGUUGAGCAAAUGCUAAAGCAGGACAGACUGAUGUCCCCGCAUUAUCGGUACUACGUUCGUGAGAUGAGGAUCCUGGCUUACACUCAGCUUCUGGAGUCCUACCGUAGCCUCACCCUACAAUACAUGGCCAAUGCGUUUGGUGUCAGCGAGGAGUUCAUUGAUAAGGAGCUGUCCCGCUUUAUUGCUGCUGGAAGAUUAAACUGCAAGAUCGACAAAGUGGGUGGCAUUGUGGAAACAAAUAGACCGGAUCACAAAAACUGGCAGUAUCAGGCGACCAUCAAACAGGGAGAUCUGCUUCUCAACAGGAUCCAGAAACUCAGCCGAGUUAUCAACAUUUAGGUUAACCACUACUGGCCUGAACCUCGGCAUAAACAGCAACGUCAUUUUUAAAGCAGCUUUGUUGUGCCAAAUAAUGUUGUGCUGUUCAGCAUCUUGCUUCUUGUCUUGGAUGGUAUUGGAAGUUGUUGGCCAACACUUUCUCAAGCUACAAAACACUAUUAUGUCAACAAAGUUUAAUGAGUUAACGCUUCAGUGUUGUGUUUAUUGAUUAACUAUUUUUUUCCUUUCUUUUUGUGUUUGGAUGGUGUCGGCAGGUGAUGGUACUAUUGCAACACUAAAAACACAAACACAAAGUUUAAAAAAGUUGGGCUAGUGUGACAUUCAUUUGUUGGUCUUGUACAUUUUUUAUGAUGAAAAUAUUGAUACUUUAUGGUAACUGUUGAACGACUCUGUGAGAUGAAAUAUUGUGUAGGUCGAAAGUCCUAGCCGGCUGAGAGCACUAGAAUAAUAAUGCAACGAGCCUUGUAUAGUACUUGAACGCUUAAUCUAUAUUUCUCUUUUAUUGUACACCAUUUAAAAUAAAUAUAUGUUGAAAUGAGCACA